CUUGUCCAUUUCACGAGUAAACCACAAACAGUGUAAGGCUCGCUAAUACCUUCUAGGAUGGCCUCGACAUCCAGCAGUGCACCAAAUGAACGAGGCGCUAACCUAAUGAGGUCUUCGCUGUCGUCUGCAUCUUCUUUGAUGGCCCUCCAGCUUUUCUCUCGCCUCUUUACUUUUGCACUGAAUCAGGCUUUAUUUCGUUUGGCAUCACCUCAAGCUUACGGGACCGCAGCGAUACAAUUCGAGCUCAUACUUAGCACAAUCCUGUUUCUCAGCCGGGAAGGCGUGAGGAAUGCCCUUCUGCGCGCUUGGCCCCAGAAAGCUUCAGCGCAACGAGAUGCAAAGGGCAAAAGAGUAAAAGAUCCGUCGUACAUUGAUGCAGUAAAGGCAGCUACCAACUUGUCUACUCUUCCGUUCAUCGUCGGCUUUCCUAUUUCUGCGGUUACAGCACUGCUAUACGGUCAAUUUACUGCCGCUGAGACACGAAACCAGCCACAUUUCCGUGCUGCGCUAUUGAUCUAUGUCAUUGCUGCUAUGUCCGAACUGCUGAGCGAGCCAAUGCACAAUCAGGCAAUGGGGGAAGUACGUACUCAGAUUCGAGUCAGGGCCGAGGGUCUGGGAAUCACUAGUAAAACUGCAGCAACUAUCCUUGUGCUGCUUUACGAUUCUCGCAGAGGGCGGGAAGCUGGUGAACUUUCUUUGAUAGCCUUUGCGUUUGGUCAGAUGAUAUAUAGUCUGAGCAUUUUCAUGAUGUACACCGUUCGCCUCGGUAGACCACCACUGUGGCCACAGCGCUUGCGACGCCCGUUCGCUAGCACUGAAGGUGUAGCGCAUACAACUAUGUCGAAGUAUUUCGAUCCUGCAUCGUUAUCUCUUUCGUGGAGUAUGACGUCUCAGUCUCUCGUUAAGCAUUUCUUGACCGAGGGUGAUAAGUUCAUCAUAUCAUGGCUAAGUUCACUCGGGGAUCAAGGAGGGUAUGCUAUCGCUGUGAAUUACGGGUCCUUGAUUGCACGUAUUGUAUUCCAGCCUGUCGAAGAAAUAUGCCGAGUGUUCUUUUCGAGAAUAUUGUCUUCUAGUAAUGGCCAAGAAGGGUCUUCAGAAGCUCCAUCCAAGGGAGGGGUAGACUAUGAGUUGGCUAUGAGACAAGCAUCAGAAGCCUUGUUGUCUUUGCUAUCCAUCCAGCUCACUUUCACGAUCAUCGUUGUGAUCUUCGGAUCUUCGUAUUUACCGGUAUUCUUGCACUUGCUGCUCCCACCUCAAUACCUAUCCACGAGUGCCCCUCGAGUCCUUCUAGCUUGGGUUUAUUAUAUACCAUUCCUGGCCGUGAACGGAGGCUUAGAAGCAUUUCUCUCCAGCGUUGCUACUCCUAAAGACUUAGCUAGACAGAGUCGAUGGAUGGCCGUAUUUUCACUGAUUUAUGUCGGUGCUGCAAUCACACUCUAUUCUCUGCAAUUUGGCGACACCUCCCUGGUAUAUGCAAACAUCGUCAAUCUGUCUGCACGCAUCAUAUACGCCUUAUAUUUCGUCUUCUCGUUUUUCCGGACACGCCAGAUGGGACAUCUACUCAAAUGGAGGAAUGUCUGGCCUACGUGGCAGAUCCUCCUGACCUCCAUGCUGUCCUUUUCGUUGAUAACAUAUAGUGGAAGACACUUCAGGGUUAUGACCAUACUCAGGGAAGGUGGACGAGGAGCGUUGCUCACUGUACCUGUCCUGGCCCAUCUUGGGCUUGGUGUUACGCUUGGCCUAACAUGCGUAGCAGUGUGGUGGAUAUCAUGCGGGCAGAAGCUGGUCGCGCAGAGCCGGCCGAAGGUAGCAUAAUGCACAUGUAUGAUUAUAGACGAUCAAGGAGAUGGGCGGGAAAAUAUAUGGAUACACUAAAAUGAUGCUAUGUAAGUGUAUAUCUCAAGCUAGCUUUUGUGGUCCCUCGUUGAACGAUCGUAUGAGCACCAUACGUAUCUUAUUCAGUGGGUACGUCAGCUACUCAGCUUUGCUUUUCUAGCUUACCAUUAUUUGGCACAGUGCCGGAACAGGGAAAAUUGUCGAUUUCUGCCCAUUUUUUGCUUUCUCAUAUUCGCUACCCCUUGCCUUUUGAUUUCCGUAAACAUACUGUAUUUACACUGGGUCCUAGUUAACAUCAUCCUGUCCUAUAUAUACGGGUCAAGCCCAAACAUCU